AUCCUGGCGGCAAGGCUCGAAUCCUCCCCGGAGGUGAUCUGCAGCUGGGCAGCAGGGACCGCAUAACCUCUCCAGCACGUAACGUCCGACGGGAGCACAGAGCAAGGUUGUCAACGUGGCAGAUGGGUAGCACGCUGCGCUGUCAGGCGAACAAUAGCGGGGAGCUGUUGGGCGGAGGCAGGGUUCGACAGCAGCCGCACUAUUUGGCCGGGUAUGCUGUGUUUGCGGGAGGGGAUGGGGGAUGGAUGGCUUCCCCCCGUGGUUUCGCCUUGUCUUCGCUUUCGUUAAAUGGGACCAUCUCCUCAUCGGACGUGGUUCAGGACCUCGACCUCUGUUCAUUCGAUUCGAUCGAUCGAUCCAAGCAUCGAAAUGCCUUACACUUACUACACCGACCCGGAGGUCUCGGACGAUGACUUCGUGCUCAUCGAGUUGCGUCUCUUCCUUGCCACCCUACUCAACUGAAGCCGUGACUGACACCCUCACCCGCAGGACAAAGCACAGCCACCCCAAGCUCUGUGACGCAUCACUGAACCCCGCCAGUGAAAUCACCAUCACCGUCAUCCCGGCCUCGGAGUUCAAAGCAGACGGCAUCGACACCACGCGAGCAGCCGGCGAGCAUGACUUCCUGGUGGCCAACAUGUUUGGUCCCGUGGACUGGGAGACGAGUAGCUCGGACGAUGAGGAUGCAGCUGAAGAUGGUGUCUUGACAGCCUUGGAGGCGGGCAAGGCGUACCGGCCUUUUGAGGCAGGGAAGAGGAACUAUGUUUGUGAAGCAAACAUGUUUGGACCGAUGGACUGGGCGCUGGAGUUCUUGGGCCUGAGCAUGGAGGAGGAUGGGAAUGCCGGGGGAGAGAGCGAAUAGCGAGAAAGAGGUGAAGAGGGCGUGAGUGAUAUGCCUGACUCCAUCAGUAGCACCGACAGA